AUGCAUCUGUUUUGCAACUCCGUCUUAUCCUUCUCCCUGCUGAUGGCGUCCCCCCUGGUGAGAGCCACUGUGUCAAACAGCUUCAAAGACUGCAGCCAUUUUUUCUACAUGCAGACACCACCUGCAGGGUUCAGAGGAACCAGCCUGAGGAGGAUCUGCCAGAAGUAUGCAGACAAACUGCGCUACGCCACGUUGUAUGACAGCAGUCACCGCCUCCCCCGCUACUCAGCCUACAUCUUUAAGAAAUCUGAUGGAAAGAGGAGGAUUGACACACCCUGGAUGUAUGAACCUCAGUUGCUUUCUGAUGAUGAGACUGGAAACAUGCGAGCACUUCCCCUUACUGCAGACACCCCCCCUCUGAUUGAGGACAGCCAGGCUGUGCUGGAGGACUACACAGAUGCUGUAGAGUACCGACGUGGCCCACUGAAUCCCGACUUGCACCAAGCUGAGCCAGAUGACAAAUCCUCCACCUAUACCCUGACUAAUGUAGUCCCAUUAAUCACAGACUUCCUGGAUACCUCCUGGAACCCAUACUUGGACACCGUUCGCCGGCGCCUCAAUAACUUCUGCCAUGGAAAAUCUUUCAUGGUGACAGGGGUGACUCUGUCGGGGGCGGUCAUCCAGCGAGAUAACAGGGAACGGCUAGCAAUCCCAAAACACUUGUGGCUGGCGUACUGCUGCCCUCGGUUUGACCGUAACUCACCAUAUGAGGUGAGGUUUAUGUUUCCUAGUUAUGGGGGCUAUGCCCUGAAUGGACAGACUGGCCACAGUGUGGUAGAAGUCCCUCUGAAGACUCUGGAGAGCUUCCUCAAGAGCCAGACAGAUAUAGAUAGCGACAUGACUCUUUUCUAUAAGGGCUGUGUGUCAGAAAACUCCUUCAAGAAGAAGAGGAGAGACCUGACCAGCGUUCCAGUAUGA